AUGACUUCAACUCGGAACGCGGCAGCAGGGGCAGAGGGCUCAAUGAGCAGCGGUUCCGUGUAUCAUCUGGCGGGCAAGUUGGAGCGUAAACAAAUUCUUAUGUCUACGGCAAUUGUGCAUGUAAAGGGAAUCAUUCCAAAAAUAGCAAACGAGUUGCCGUCGUUUUCUAUUGAAAUGUCACAAUUAGCAAUUUCAGAUAAUUUAAAACUAGCAGACCCAAUUUUUUGCACUCCUGGCAAGAUUGACGCGUUGAUAGGCGGCGAAUAUUUCCUCCGAUUAUUGCAAAACGGAAAAAUUGAGCUUGGCGAAAAUCUGCCGACAUUGAAAAAUAGUAAACUCGGAUGGAUUAUAGGAGGAUCAAUUCCAUCUCAUUUAGUGGCAAGUCGAUCGACCAACCUUCAAUAUGCUUCAAACGCCUAUACAUGUUUGCUCACAAAUAGCGAGUCUGUUAACGAUGAAUUAUCAAGGUUUUGGGACAUCGAAGAGUACCAAACAAAUAACAAUACGAGGUUAUCGGGAAAAGAACAGGCUUGCGAGAACUAUUUCAUAAAAACAGAGUAUAUUGAUUUAAAUCAUAUGUCAGAGACUAUCGGAACUAGCAACGAGCGAGUCUCCGUGUAUCUGCCGCAUCACGGCGUGAUUCGCGAAUCAAGUACAACAACAAAAUUGCGCGUAGUGUUUGAUGGCUCCGCAAAGACCACAUCAGGAAUUUCACUAAACGAUACAUUAAUGAUAGGAGCAACUUUACAAGACAAUAUAAUAGACAUUAUUUUACGAUUUCGACUACAUGCUGUCGCGAUUACAGCGGAUUUGUGUAAAAUGUAUCGACAAAUUUUAAUACACGAAGACGAUCGAACUUUUCAAAAAAUUUUAUGGCGAUUUUCUCCGAAUGAACCAAUAAAGGAAUUUGAAUUAAAUACCGUCACAAACGGCUUAGCGUGUGCUCCAUUUUUAGCGAUACGUUGCGUUCGAUAUUUGGCUAGUGACGCUGACGAGGAUGUCGGUCAAGCGUCUAAGGUUUUAUUAAACGAUUUAUAUGUCGAUAAUAUCCUUACCGGAAUUGCAAGAAAAUUCGGAAUGAAUUCGAGAAUGCUGAUCAAGUUGAAAAUUCAACGAUUACAAUCAAUAUGGGCUUGGUUAAGACAUUGA